UUUGGCUUCCUGUUUUAUAAGGAACUUGGAUUACCAGGCACAGAAGUUUUACUCUCUUCCCUUUUUGGAAGAGCUACCAAAGGUCACGCAGCCAGGGGCCCACUCUGCAAAUGUAAGGGGCAAGAUAGCCAAAUUAUGAUCCCACGGGGAUUCUUUCAAGUUUUAGUAAUUCCGGUAAAUUUAAUCCUGAUUCAGAUAAGAAUUGGGGAAUCCUUGGCACUACCGCUCAUUUCUGAGCGCAUGCAAAACCAUGGGGUUUUAGCAGAGAAGAAUACCUUCAUUCACUCGAAUGGAAGAGAGAGAAGAGCUAUUCAGUGCCAAGUUGGGUACUAUCCUCAUCCAAAUGGCACUCAUUGCUGUAUUAAGUGCCACAAAGGAACUUAUCUUUCAGAACAUUGCUCUGGGCCAGAUAAGACACCUAAAUGCUCCGAGUGUCCCGAAGGCACAUAUAUGCCUACGGAAAAUUUUGCACAAAAGUGUCUUGCGUGCCAACCUUGUCGUACAAGCUUUCAGCAGAUAAUAAAGCACAGUUGUACCAAAUGGGAAAACACUGUGUGUGGUUGUCACAGUAACCAAUAUAAGACUACCAAAAAUGCGGAAUUCUUAUGUCAGAAUUGCAGCGACUGUCAUAAUGGAAAAAUCAGACAAGUCUGCACAUCUGAUAGUGAUACAAUAUGCGAAUGUCUCCCAGGAUUUUUUUUUCAGGAAGAUCAGAACAAAUGUCUCCCCUGCAGCAGCUGUGAUAAUGAAGACUGCAAGAAACUCUGUGAACCAGUAAUGGAAAUUAAAAAUCAAUCAAACUCCACAGAACUCGUAUCUGCCCUCAUUUUCCUGACUGUCAUCUUUGCAGUUGGUUUUCUUGCGUUAACAUUCAAAGCCAUCAAGAAGUAUUUUCCAGAAAGACAGUAUUUCUCUUCCUGUACUUCGAGUCAACAAUCAAAGCAACUUACAUCUGAGACUGCAGAUAAAACAAAAAAUUCUCUUUUGGAAACUAAAGAAGAAGUGAUCUCGAGUACCAUGCAAGUAUCACUAAGUCAAGCCCAAGGUCAAGAACUGCCGGACUGCAUAAAAUCUGCAAGAGAGACACGGAUUUCUGACAGUCCUGUGGUUUUAUAUGCUGUGGUGGAUUCUGUACCAAUAUCACGAUGGGGAGAAUUUAUGAGGCUCCUGGGACUGAAAGAAAAUACACUUGAGAGGAUUUUUUACCAUCAGACUCCGCGGAAUGCACAAUAUGAGUCACUAAGAGAAUGGAGGCUAGUGGCAAACCAUAAUGCUACUAUGGAGAACAUCAGUCAGGUUCUCAGUAAAAUGAACCUAAGUGGAUGUUUUGAGGAUAUUCAGGAAGCACUGGCUAAACAGUGAGAGACAUUGUAUUAUUUGCUUCCUUUCCAAAGAGAACUCACUGAUGCAGUUAUUGUAUCUUCUAGUUUGUUUUCCCAUUGUAACAUAAAUGGAAAUUAAAACAUACUGUGCAUCUCUAACAUACAGAACCAUCCAAUUUUAAUGAAUUAAGGAGUGUGUGUGUAUGUGUGUGAGAGAGAGAGAGAGUGAGAGAGAGAGAGAGAGAGAGGGGGGUGGUGGUGUCUUUUUUCCAGAGAUGGAUUCUGAUGUUCCUUUGUUAGCUUUCUAUUUUUUUAAGUCCUUUUGUAUACGCCACAGGGAAAAUAUAAGCAAUUUCAUCAGAUGCUUUGUAGUUUAUACUUUACACUAUAAAUUAUACUUUGUAAUAUAAGAGUUACCUAUUAAGUAUUCAUCCACCAUAAAGCCAAACUUGUAUAUUUCAUUUUUUUAAUGCACAUCAUUAUUUUUGUGUACUAUUUACUGUAUAUAUUUUAUGUACCCAGUAUACUUAUGAAAUAAUAUAGAUCUUUAUAUUAUAGAUUUUAAACUGGGCAGGAAUGAACAUAUUAAGGUGGGGGGGGGACUUUCAGAAAAGAUUAUUCAGUUUUAAGUAAGUGGAAAGUAUAAGAAAGAAACUUGCAACAACAACACCUUGAUUUUGGAUCACGUAAGAUGGGUUAGAGAGAAACUCUGCCAAGUUUCAAGAUUUUACUUUUCUUCCCUACAACAAUAAAGAACAUUCCUGGAAUUCCA